AGAAAUAUCGUCAUAUUUGGCGAAACCGGUUCAGGGAAAAGUUCAAUCAUCAACACAAUCGCACAAAAGCAGCUCGCGAAGACAUCUAACGACGCACAUGGAUGCACUUCUACCUCUCAACGUUACCCAGUAGAAUUCUCAGGCCAGCGAUUCGUCCUGAUUGAUACCGCAGGUCUCCGCACGGGAACUGCAGACACAGUGUCAGCGGCAAAAGCGGAAAAAAGGUUGAAGAAUCUGUUGCGUGAGCUCAUGAACUCCAAGUUGGAUGAAAUUAGCCUUCUGGUGUACUGCAUGGACAGCACGAUCGCCACUAGCGCCCUCCUUGAGGCCUAUGAUAAAUUCUACUCUGGAAUCUGCCAGAAGAAGUUUCCGAUCGUAGUCGUCAUCACAGGAUUAGAGAAAGAGACCCACAUGGAGAGCUGGUGGGAUACCAACGUGAAAAAAUUCAAGGGCAUGUAUUUCGAAGGUCAUGCUUGCGUCACAACGCUUUGGGAACACACAAGCCUCCCAAACCACAUCACUUCAGAGUCGGGCGAUAUUCUGCGCAAACUUGUCAUAGACAAUUACGCGGAUUUGCCAAUUGCCAACGGCUUGGAUUCGGCGAUGAGCAAAAGCUGGUUCAAGAAGAAGGGAUGA